CUAUGUCUAUGCGCCAGCUGUCACUCAAUUUCAAUAUUUAAUUUCGCUUCGUACGCUUUGAAGAAGCGUUUUUUAUAUUUUAAACGAAUAGUUUGUAGUUUUUAAACAUAUUAGCAAAAUGGACGUCUUUCUAAUGAUUAGGCGAAAAAAAUUAACCAUCUUCACAGACGCCAAGGAUACAACGACUGUUCUAGAACUGAAGAAAAUGAUAGAGGGGAUCUUGAAGGUGCCUCCACCCAGUCAGAUGCUCUUCAACAAAGAUAGCCAGCUGAUGGAGGACGAGAAGACUCUGGCAGAGUAUGGGCUCACUUCAGCCACAGCCAAGGCUCAAUGUCCCGCCCCCAUUGGACUUGCUCUAAGAAAAGAAAACGGUGAAUUUGAGGCUCUGGAUUUGACUCCAUACUCCUCGCCCCCCGACCUGCCUGACGUGAUGAAGUCCCAGGAAACCAAUGGACAGGAACAGAUGGACCAACACUAAGCGGCGCGACACCUGCACAGACUCUACACCACACGAUGCGACUGUCAGCCUCGUAUCGAAAGUGAGCUUAGUUCAAGUCAAACUAAUGCUACCUGAAUGAUAGAUGCAGACGAUUUAUUAAUUUUUACAAAUAAACUUAUUUUUGUUAACGAUUUUUUUAUAACUUGUGUUCGAUAUUAAUUAAGGAGCUGGCAAACAAAACCACGUAGUUUGAUCGAAAUACUUUUUUUUUCUUUAAUUCAGACAUUUUUUUGUCAAAUCGUGUUUCGCACACUGAAUACAAAUCUGAACUCAUUUCCAACCAUGGUUUAAAAGUGUGUUAAAAUUGAGUCCAAAGUUCGUGAUUUCGAACAAGACGUUAUAAAAUCCUCCUAAUUAUAAGCACAAAAAUGUUUCUACAUAGAAACAUUUUUUGUGCUUAUAUUAAAGUCUCGAACAGACAUCUGUUCUAGACUUUAAAACUAUCCCACUGGUCUCAUUAGAAAGGCAAUAAUGCGAAGUGUUUUUAUUUUAGCGUAGUAGCACACGCCGGGAAUCCGCUAGUAGAAUAGUUUUAGAAGCUUUCAUUCAGUUCUUUGCUCCUGUAAAUUUUAUUUUGCGCAAUUACAUAGUUUUGUUCGCCAGCUCCUCUUAUUGUAUUUAAAGAAAACAUCCAGGUCCAGAAAAUAUACGAUACGAUUACAUUUUAAGGGUUGUCAUCCACUAUAUGGGACCAUACCAAAUGUUGCAAUAGUACACUAGACUCAAAUUUGAAAACAAUACACAAUUAAAUGUGUAUUAGCAAAUAAAGCAAUCUGUAUAGGACAAAAGUUCAAUGAAAAUUUAAAAUCUACCAAAUAAUCUAACAAAUAUUUGUCAAUAAUUAAAAUUUUCACACAAUAUUUUAAGAAAUAUUAAACUUUUAAUAUCCUACUAUUUUAAUGUAGACAAAAUAUAUUAUACUUUUGUUUGUAUGAUAUCGCGUUACUUUUUGUCAAUUUUUUUAUAAUCCGAGGAAAUGUAUAUUUUGUUUGUAAUGAAAAUGUGAGUACUCUACUUGUCAAACCGGAAUGUAUGAAAUUUUGAGUGUUUGUUCGAUUGUACAGAAUAUAAUUUAAAAGAUUUCUAACUGGACUUUUUUAUUUAUAACUAGCUAGAAAUUCUAGACAUUUUUUCUUAGUGGGAGUGCAACAUUAUAAAGAGAACUUAUAUGCAAAAUCUUAAGUUUCUAGAAUAAGCUUUUGUGCUGUUGCUGUGUCAGUCAGUAUGUUAGGUCCCAUGUAGUGGAUGAGUUAUGGAGAGGCGUAUAUUUCUCCUAGUUGAUUAAUGCUACUAACAUUGUGAUCUGGGCCCUGGUCUUUAUGAUAUUCAAAUGAAAAAGCAUUUUGAUUUGAUUUCUAAAUGCUAGAAAAAUGAUUUUUUGUCGUAAAAAUUAAAUUGCGUGCAAUGGUCUUUAUGUUAAAUACGCUACGAAUAAGGUUCAAUUUGAUUAAUUCCCCAGGGCCCUAAAAAAGUAGUUUCGCUUACGUUUAACUUUAUCCUCCGUAUGAAAUUGAUAUUGAUUUUGUUAUUUGUAGUAUUUUUGUGGCGCUUUAUGCAAAAGGGUUUGUAGUUAACUACUAAAGAGACAGGUAUUUUUUAAUUUAAAGUGCCCCAUUACGUUAAGACACCAUAGUUAGACGCCUUUGCAAAUAAAGUAAUACAAAAUCCGGAUCACUGUAAAAAUACAUUUACAUAGGUACCAGCAUGGAUACAGAGUAACAUUGUAAAUAAUAAAAUAUAGUUAGUUAAAAUAUGCCUCGAAAAUUUUAUUAAAGAACUUCGGAAUGAAAAGAUUAAUUUGCACUUUAAGCACUCCUGAAGCAGGCAGCGUAUUUUUGAAGUGCACUUGGAUAUGUAUGGUGUUGAAUAUUGUUAUUUUCCAUUUGUCCUAAGACAGGUAAAAAUUCAUGAUCAUACAGCCUAUUGAGUUGUGUAAAAAUUCUUGAGUAUUAUAUGGUGUCUUAGCGUGAUUGGACCCAUAUCGUGAUACUUGUAUUUAUUGCAACUAAGUGUUGCGUCUCUGUAUAUCGAUUACAAUCGAUUGUAUUUUAGGAAUAUUGUCACCUAUCGACCAUCGUUAGUUUCAUUCGACUGCCCUAGCGAGUAUUGACAUUUGUAUCGAUUCUUUAUUUACAAAAUUCAAACUUAACUAAAUUGAAAGCAUUGAAGAAAAUAGUUUUCAUUUUCAUUCUGUCCUCUAUAAAAUGAUUUUUUGUUUAGUCUCUUCAGUUCUUUCAGUUUAGUUUGAAUUUGGUAUAGAAUCGAUACUACCUAUAAUAUAAUAUAAUGUAUUUCAAAUAAACAUUUUUGUAGUAUUCAGAGCUCUUAAAGUUCUGCUUAAAUAUCGAUCUGUAUAUUAUGUUGUUUUCUUAGCUUUUCCGAUUACAUCUAGUGGUCCAUUUUUGUGAUUAAUUGUUUUCAAGUAUUUUGUCAUUAGUAAAAUUCUGUAAAGGUCUGUCUACUAUCUCGAACCGUGCCCAUCCCCAUCCUUAUAACUGAUUUUAAAAACAACGUAGCGUUGGCGUGAACGCAAAAUCCGGUAUGUAAUUUUUAGAAUCUUCGUUUAUUAUGCUAUUUUGUUCAGUUUUAAAAGGCGCAAGCAGAAAUCCGCUCUUUAGCGUACGUGUGUGCUAGUUCAAGCUAGGUUUCUAUGUGAUUUCAAUGUAAAAGUAAAGCAAAUAUUUUUCAAAAAAAUUAAGUUUAAUAGUCUUCUGAAAACUUGUGAUUUUGCACAUACCGGAAUUUGCAUGCGCAGCGACGAUAGUCCCUUUAUCGCUUCAUUUGCGGAUUGGUACGGUCCUGUAUAGUGGGCAUAGACCUUUAACUGUUCAACACUAAGUACUUUCACAGCUUUGUGCUUAUACGACUGUUUUUAAUUAUAAGUCAUUCUGUAGGAAUAAAAUAUUGUACCUAUUAAUGUAAAAUUUGUUCGUCAGAAGGAAAAGAUAACUUCUAUAAAAGCGUUUUUAAGCGUCUUUUGCACGCUACGCUCAUAGGCCAGGCCUUAAAACAUUGAGUAGGAAAAAUCAUAAUCAAUUUAUGUCUUUUCUCCAUUGUUAAUUUGUAUUUGGAAUUAGGGUUAGUGCACAUUAUACUGCCGAUCUACGCUCACGGUCCUAUCAUAUCACAUUGCUGUCUCAUUCAUCCUUUGAAUUGUAUAAAAUUGGCAUGAGAGCCCGUAGGUUUUGAGGUGUGCUGGAAACUGAAACUUAGUUGUUGGUUCUUAAGACCUGUUUUGCAUUGGCUUUUCUUUUUUUAAAUUUAGUUUCUUACUUGAUUUUGGCAAUUUUUGCUGAUGACAAAAUAUCUAGAUGUGAGCCAUAAUGAAGCCAGUUCAAAUAAAACUUGACUUUAGGUUUCAAAUAUUUUGAGGUGAUGAGAUUUACAUUUUCACAUGAAACAUACUUUAUAAGAUCGUAAAAUUGUGAUUUUUGUUAGUUUCAGCUUCCAAAAAGUAAUUCCUUAAAAUUGCUUGCGGGCUAUUGGGCCAAAAUCUUAAUUCUUAUUAAUUAUAAAAAAAUGAUGUUUAAAAUUCUGUAACUAGUCCUAUUACGAACAAAUAAAAGUUUUUUAUAAAUCGAAACAGUGUUUGAUUGGACCAAAGCAAACUAAGUUUGACUAAAACUAAUCUAACUAUUCACAUGUUGGUGUGCAUCAACCCUAAUGUUAAUAUUAAGUAUAAAUUAAUCAAUCAUUAAUAAUAAAAUUGGGAAUAUGCACUUUACUUUAAAUAUGGGUUGACUAAUCUGAAACAUUUGCCGAAUUGUUGUUAACAAAACUAAGUAAGAGUAAGUACUAAAAAUGGUGUUGUCCUUUUCAUAAUUUCCUUUGCGGAAAAGGGCAAAAUGCUAUAAGUUCUAUUAAAUACUGUUAUGUUAAUUUUUCGUACAAUAAAAUUGCUAGCAUAGACAAAUUCGACUACGCGUAUUUAGUAUGGUAUGUACCUAGGUACACCAGGAAGCAAAAAAAAAUUGUAGUGUAAAGAAAAUUCGAUGUACAGCCAUGUUUAUUUAAAGAUUUCCAUUUCUGAGAAACAUUGUGGUUAAUUUUGUUGUACAAAUCUCUAAACUAAAGUAAAUUAACAAGGAUUAAAUCUAUUGUUAUCCUUUUCCGCAGGGAGCAUUAUGAAAGGGAUAGCAAUAUAUUUAGGACGCGUCAUUUUAGUUUAGGAUUGUGUAGAACAGAUUAUGCCAGAAUACUAUGUCUGUUACAAAAAUAAAUACGGUAUUAAUCUGACGAUAGUUUAGUAUGGACUAAUAGGUAGAAAGGGUAAUAUUUAAAUGCACUUUAAAUAAGAUAAAAUGGCGCAACGCAUUAUAUGCUGUUUUAGGCUAAAUUUAUAAACUCCUUAUAUUAACAGAAGUAAAAAAAGUAUGAUAGUUAAGGGAAAGUAAAUGUCAAUCUAAACAAGGUACUGAAUAUCUGUAAUACCUACUAAACCUCCAAAAUAAUCGUUUUUGAUCACGAUAAAGUUGAAGUGGGUAGGUACCUAUUUAUAAUAAUUUUUGAUUAAUUGUGCAAUUAAAUAUUGUCCACAGGAAAUAGCUAAUUUAAUAGGGUAACAUAGGGGCUUUUUAUAAUAUUAUAGCAGAAUGUAGCAGUCUAAAACAAUUUUUUUUUUCUUUUGCAGAUUUUGAGUGCAAUAUAAAUUUUUUGAAAGCCAUUUUGUUUUGUUAAUUUCUAGAAAAAGUAAAUUUAGUUUUUUGUAUAGCUGAAUUAGUCAUUAUUAUUAUUAAAUAACAGAAUUGGUUCACCGCAAUUUAGUUCUUAUAAACACUGUAGUUUAGUUUUUAGUCAGGUCAAUUUCUGAUGUGUAGCUAGCUAAUAAACAGCUUAAAAAAUAAUUAA